CAGAGCCAGAGUGCUGGGCCAGGUGGGAGGUUCCCGCGGCCGAGGGAAAGAUGGCAGCGGCCGUGGUGCUGGCCGCCGGGCUCUGCGUGGCGCGUCGGGCGGUGGCUGUGGCAGGGCCUCGGGGGGUGCAGGUCCGAGGAGCUGCAGGUGUGACUGAUGGGAAUGAAGUUGCCAAGGCCCAGCAGGCAGCUCCUGGGGGGGCAGCCCCAACCAUCUUCUCCCGGAUCCUGGAUCGGAGCCUCCCAGCUGACAUCCUGUAUGAGGACCAGCAGUGUCUCGUAUUCCGGGAUGUGGCCCCUCAGGCUCCUGUGCACUUUCUGGUCAUUCCUAAGAAGCCCAUUCCUCGGAUUAGCCAGGCUGAAGAGGAAGACCAACAGCUUCUCGGACACCUUCUCCUUGUGGCCAAGAAAACAGCAAAGGCUGAGGGGCUGGGUGAUGGAUACCGACUUGUGAUCAACGAUGGCAAGCUGGGUGCACAGUCUGUGUACCACCUACACAUUCACGUACUUGGGGGCCGACAGCUCCAGUGGCCUCCAGGUUGAACCUACCAAAUGACCAGGGACCCCAGACCUGGAUGUUUGGAUGGGAUGGGGAAAAAUAGCACCCUGUGAUGCUAAUAAACUCGCUCUCUGUCAA